GAGUCUAUGGCAUAGCAAGGAGUGGAACUCAAAUCUGACACCCACUUCAGUGCUUUUUCCCCUGGAUCAGCCUGCCAUGAGAGCUAUGCCCCAGGCCAGGCAUUUGCUUUUCAAACCACAAGAUGGCCUUCCUGGAGUGCAGCUCAGAGGAAGGGGCCAUCCCUUGGCAGUGAAGUGAGCUGGCCUGUCCCCACUGCUCUUCUUGGCUGUGUGGGUCAUUCAGCUGAUUACUGUGUCUUCUUCCAUUCAGUGACUUGGAGAGCCUGCUUGUCUGUAGCAGAUGCUGCUUUGUAGCCUCUGAGCUGGAAGAGCAGUUUGUUUGAGAAAUAACCUCGGAUUGUGAAGUCCGACUUGUUAUUGUAAUGCUGCCUACGGGGACAGGGUAGUGCAUGCAGCUGGGACUUGGGCGUUCCUGACUUCAGAUCAGUUAACUCUGCAAUCUUGUACACUCCCUCCUAAGGAAUUAGGAGGCUAAAUGCAGAAAAGCUGCAUUUGUAGCUGGUGAUAGAAGUGUCAAUUCUGUUCCUGGAGUGGGAAACUCAUGCUGAUAGGGCACUUCUGAGGGACCUAAUCACGGUAUGGGAAAAAAAGCAGCACCAUGGUAGGUGGGAUUCCAGAGGGACAGAUGCAUAGUAAUGCACAUUAAAGGGACUAAUCUGAACUCACCGUCCACUUUACUGGGCUGUAAAUUAACCAUCACCACUCACAGCACUGCUGUGUACCACUCUGUGAUUCCUCUGCUUGCUGUGCAACAACUGUGAGAACAGGCAAAUGCAGCGCUGUGUUUGCCUGAGAAAUGGGCUGGGGAAUACUACUGAAAUCCUCGGCAUGCCCUUCUGUAAAUCAGUGGGGCAUCCUCCCUUGGAGAUGAUGUGCAAUACUGGUCACUUCAGAAUUGGAGGGGCUUCAGAGAUGAGAGUGACAAGAAACUCUCAGCCCUGGAAGGAGGUUGGGAUAGCUCAGCCUGGCAGAGAGGGGAUUUGACAAAAGGAUACAAAACACUGAAUGGACUCCUAGAGACUGUAGAGCAGAACUGUGUAUUUUCCUUGUCAUAAUGCAAGGAACAAGGGCAUUCGAUGCCAUUGGAAUGUGGCACAUCAGGCUCACUGCUUUUAACUCCAGGAAUCUAUGCCACGAGUGUCCCAUCGCCAUCUGGAUCUGUCCCUGGAGCCUCUGCCCCCUUCCGGCCCCUCUUCAACGACUUUGGCCCCCCGUCCAUGGGCUACGUGCAGGCCAUGAAGCCACCAGGUUCCCAGGGCUCCCAGAGCACGUACACUGACCUACUCUCAGUCAUUGAGGAGAUGGGCAAAGAGAUUCGACCCACCUAUGCAGGUAGCAAGAGUGCCAUGGAGCGGCUGAAACGAGGCAUUAUUCACGCCCGGGCGCUGGUGAGAGAGUGUCUGGCAGAGACAGAGCGCAAUGCCCGUACGUAACAGCUGCUGCCCUGCCCCAUGGACCUUCCCACCAAUGAGGAUCUGAGAACCUGGAGAUCUGCCCUCCCAUGGACCUUCCCACCUGAGACCCGGCUCUGCCAUACCCCACACGGACCUUUCAGCAUUCAUCAGCCGAGGAUCUGGAGCGGGUCCUGCUGGAGUGCAGCUGUUGCCAGCAGUCAGCGCUGGGGAAGCUGGCGCUUGGACCAUGCUGCAGAGAUCUCCAGGGAGAGGAGCCAGCGGCUUUUCUCGCAUCUUUAUAACAUGUUUGUUUUUAUAACUCAAUAAAAGAAAGCAUUGGGAUUCUGA